AUGUGGUCAGCAACGUUUGUGUUACUAUUUAGCUGUUAUGGAUUGAUGUCAGUAAACUGUGUGUCAUGGGAAACGACGAAAUCUUUAAAAGAACAUUUACUGGGUAAUUAUUCUAAAGAUAUUCGCCCAAUUCGAAAUCAAAGUGAUCCGGUGAUUGUCAAAUGUAAUAUACAACUUACUGAUAUUGUCGACUUGGACGAGGUGCAUCAAAUUUUAUCUGUGAUUAUGAUAUUUACUUUACGAUGGAAAGACGAGUUUUUAGGUUGGAAUUCGGACAAGUUUGAAGGUCUAUCCUACAUUCAGAUGGACCAAGAAAAGAUUUGGACUCCGCGGAUUAAUCUACACAGUAAUCUUGACGAUGCUGACUUAUUUGGGGAUGUACGAUACAGAUUAACUGCUCGUCAGAAUGGACAAAUGACAUGGACUCUGUCUAAAAAGAUAUCUGUGACUUGUUUAAUGGAUGUAGUGCUUUUCCCUCUUGACACUCAACGCUGUGCAUUGGCAUUUACGCCGUUACUGUAUAGUACUGAGGAAGUGAAAUUGGUGAACGUUGAGCAAUCCGUUAACACAUCUGAUCUUAAACCACAUGGCGAAUGGGUAUUUGGGAACAGUUUUUACAUCAAUUGGGAUUACAAAUUGGAUGAGUUCAAUAUGUCCGUGUUAUACAUGACAAUGGAGUUUAAACGCCUCCCUUUAUUCUUUUUGCAAAACUUUUUAGUUCCGAUCAUCAUUAUAUCGUUUCUCAACUUGUUAACCUUCUGGUUGCCGGACGGCUCCGGAGAAAAGGCUUCUUUCUCCAUCACCGUACUUCUAGCGUUAACUUUCUAUCUAACAAGUGUGAGCAGCUAUCUGCCUCAAAAUUCAAAUGAGCCAAUUCUGAUCACACUGUUCAUAAGUUUCUUAUUGACUCUGAGUUGUUUAACUGUUCUGGUGUCUCUUAUAUUAAUCAAUCGUCACCAUAAACAUCAAGAUAUACCACAAUCAACCGAAAACAACCAUAAUGUCUCGAUGAAAGAAAAUAAGAAACAUGGUGGAAAAUUGGACAAACUGUGGGGAAUUCUACGAUGUAGAAACUCGGAACGACGUAAAUGUGGCUUCACUAUUGACGUAUUGUUGUUUUUGAUAUUUUUCAUCAUGUGGAUCAGCCUGACGGCUUGGUUUUUUGUCCGACUAUUUCGGUUACUGUGA